UAUGGGUUCCUUCUUUCUUUUGCUUCCACAAAUGUUUACAUUGUUUAUAUGGGAGAAAGAAAGUAUGGAAACCCUGAGCUGGUAUCUGAGUCUCACCAUGAGAUUCUGUCAUAUGUAUUUGGAAGGUUAAUUAGCUCUAACCUCCUAUUUUUGAGUUUAUAAUGUAUAUUACAUUAAAAGAAGAAAUGUUAAUGUUGUGAGACAUGAAUAUGUGAAAACUGCCAAGUGUUCUGCAUGUAAGUAUUGAACUCAGGGAAGACUCUGCUUUAUAUAUAUGAAGAGGUUUGCAUUUUCAAACAACUCUCAUGAGCUGUAUGAACUUUCAGAGCAUUGUUCUUUACAUUUCACAUUGUCCAUGCUGCUGGUAUUUUUUAACUAGUACUGAGGAAAAAAAAAAAAGGCAUGUAUUCUGUUGUGUGGGCAUGCUUAUUGUUUAGGCAUGGUCAAUUUUUUGUGCAAUAUCAAAACUGACAAUAAUACACUGCAUUUUGUAUGCACUCAACUACUUGUACAUGAAAGAUCAUAUGGAGAAACCGUAUUUGACAGAAUAACUGGACAAGAUUCCAGAAACAGUAAGAAAGUAAUAGCUUGUGAUUGGAAAUUGACAGCAAAGAAGCUGCAAGGGAAUCAAUUCUGUACACCUACAAGCAUGGAUUUUCGGGGUUCGCUGCAGUUCUAACUCCAUCUCAAGCCAACCAUAUUGCAGGUGUUACAAUAUGUACCCGGUGUUGUUCGUGUCAUUCCUCACAGGUUUCUUGAUUUGCAUACAACUAGAAGUUGGAACUUUCUGCAAGUAGACUCUCACUUUAGAACUGGAGUUCUUUCGAGGAGUCAAUCAGGCAUUGGGUCUAUUAUUGGAGUCAUGGACACUGGAAUUUGGCCCGAGUCUCAAAGCUUUAGAGAUGAGGGUAUGGGAGACAUUCCAUCUCGUUGGAGAGGCAUAUGUCAAGAAGGAGAAAAGUUCAAUCACUCCCAUUGCAACAGGAAGAUAAUUGGUGCACGCUGGUAUAAUAAAGGAUAUGAAGCUGAAUUUGGAAAGAUAGAUACAAGUGAUGGGUUUGAAUUUCUAUCUCCCCGAGAUGCUUCAGGACAUGGUACUCAUACAUCAUCCACUGCAGCCGGUGGUUUUAUAGAAAAUGCAAGCUUUAUGGGACUUGCUUCAGGAUUGGCAAGAGGAGGUGCUCCAUCAUCUUGGUUAGCUAUUUACAAAGUUUGUUGGGCUACUGGUGGCUGCAGCUCAGCAGACCUUCUUGCUGCAUUUGAUGACGCAAUUUUUGAUGGUGUUGACGUGCUUUCAGUAUCUCUAGGUUCUCCGCCUCCACUUGCAUCUUAUGUUGAGGAUGUUGUGUCCAUUGGUUCUUUUCAUGCUGUGGCCAAAGGAAUCUCAGUUGUAUGUUCUGCUGGAAACUCUGGCCCAUACUCUCAAACGAUCAUAAAUUCUGCUCCUUGGAUAUUCACUGUUGCAGCAAGCACUAUCGACAGGGCUUUUCCUACUGCAAUCUCCCUGGGAAACAAUCAAACUGUAGUGGGUCAGGGUUUGUAUACAGGGAUGGAUGUGAACAAGUUCUACCCUCUUGUGUAUGGACAAGACAUUGCAUCUGUUGAUGCAGAUGAAGACAGUGCUGGGAGCUGUGAGUCGGGAACUCUAAAUGGUACUUUAGCAAAUGGAAAGUUUGUUCUUUGUUUCCAAUCUCGAUCACAGAGGUCAUCCACUGCUGCACAGAAAACUGUAAUGAGUGCCGGGGGUGCCGGUCUCAUUUUUGCUCAGUUUCCCAGCAAGGAUGUUUCUUUGUCCUCAGGUAGUCUACCGUGUGUUCAAAUUGACUUUGCAAUCGGCACAUAUAUUCUCACAUAUAUUGGAGCAACCAGAAAUCCAAUAGUCAAGUUAAACCCUACAAAAACACUAUUGGGACAGCAAAUAUCCCCAGAAGUAGCAUUCUUCUCUGCUCGAGGACCCAAUUCUGUCUCUCCUUCGGUACUGAAGCCCGAUAUUGCUGCUCCUGGUGUGAAUAUAUUGUCCUCUUGGUCCCCUGCUUAUUCACUAUUACAACAUCAACCAUCUCCAGUCAUCUUUAAAAUUGAAUCAGGAACUUCCAUGGCUUGUCCACAUAUAUCUGGUAUAGUGGCUCUUCUUAAAGUCAUCCACCCAACAUGGAGCCCUGCAGCAAUAAAGUCUGCCCUUAUUACAACAGCCUCUUUAGAAGAUCAAUAUGGUCAAAGUAUCGAGGCUGAGGGCGCUCCUCAGAAGAAAGCUGAUCCAUUCGACUAUGGUGGUGGACAUGUCAAUCCUAACAAAGCCAUAGCCCCCGGGCUCAUUUAUGAUAUAGAAACCUCAGAUUACAUCCGUUUUCUUUGCUCCAUGGGGUAUAACAAUUCAGCCAUCAGCGCAAUCGCAGGAGCUAGCAUCACAUGCCAUAAAUCGACCAAUGUCCAAGUUAAUCUCAAUCUGCCUUCCAUCACCAUUCAUGAGCUCAAGGAAAGGAUGACAGUAUCAAGAACAGUCACAAAUGUUGGUCCAGUUAAUUCUAUCUACAUUGCUCGUGUUCAAACACCUGCCGCUGUGUCUGUUAAAGUUAAGCCAUCGGCUUUGUUGUUCAACUCUACUGCAAAGAAGCUGGAGUUCAAGGUUGUUUUUCGUCCCCUGCUAAAAGUUGCAGGAAGAUUUUCUUUUGGAAAUCUGUACUGGGAAGAUGGUUUUCAUGUAGUGAGGAUACCUCUAACAGUGAGAACUGUCCUUGAUGAUUUUUAUGCAGAGACAUGAGGAUGAUUUGCCACUACUUUUAGACAUCUAAUUUGGACAAAGUGGUACUAGUUGUCCUCUUACCUAUCUAUGGUCAAAUUUUUAGUUUCGAACUUUCGAUAACGUUGAAUCAGUUCAGAAUUCUUUCCAUC